AUGGCCUGUCUGCGCCUCUUGAUGGGCUUCUUGACUUAUGGUCUGAUGAUCUCCUACCUUUCGGGCGUCUUUGCAAAAGUCUUCGUCCUUGAUGGAAUCGACAACUCCCUCGACAAUACGACCUUCGACUAUGUUGUUGUUGGUUGUGGAAUAGCAGGUCUUGUGGUUUCUAAUCGCUUGAGUGAGGACUCUAACACUACUGUUCUCUGCUUGGAUGCCGGGUCUCUGGAUAAUUUUGAACCCCUGAUCCAGUGGCCUGUCUUUAUCGGGCACCAGCCACCUUUGUUCUACGAAUGGGGUAUGGCAACCGUUCCGCAGAUUCAGCUAGAUGGCAAUUCUCGGCCUGUCCCAUGCGGCAAAGGUGUCGGUGGCGGAUCACUCAUCAAUGGCAUGCUGUGGAAUCGAGGCAGUCAAGCCGAUUUUGACUCCUGGGAAGAGCUUGGCAACCCUGGCUGGGGCUGGUCCGAUCUCCUUCCAUAUUUCCGCAAGAGCGAGACCUUUACGCCGCAGGCGUAUGCCGGUCAGGACUUGUCCGACGCCGACCAGAUCGACUCGUGGAAUCCCAAAGUGCAUGGCUUCAGAGGACCUGUUCAAGUCUCAUAUCCCGAGCACCUAUGGCCUCAGUCCUGGGCCUGGUUCGAAGCGCUUGAAGAACUUGGAAUUCCGAAGGCCGAAGACCCCAAUGAUGGUAGCAACGGAGGUGGUUACUUCAUUCCAUUGAACAUUCAUCCUACGAACCAGACAAGAUCCGAUGCACGUCGAGCAUACUGGGAUCCCGUGUCGAAUCGCACCAAUUUCAACCUUGGUAUCAAUGCUCAAGUCACUCAAGUCCUCUUUGAGCCCGUCGGACCCGCCUAUGCUUUUCGCCAUGCAACCAGCAAUCGCGCAGAGUUUGGCUCAUUCCGCCGUCAGCAUCCCGAGGGUCGGUCCAGACGCGCCUUUGCCGUCAGAUUCGCAUUCAACUCUACUUCUCCUCAUCAGAUCGUUUCUGCUCGUCGAGAAAUCAUCCUCGCAGCUGGCGGCCUCCAUACACCACACUUACUGGAGCUGUCUGGCGUAGGCGACAAUCUUCUGCUAUCAUCGCUAGGCAUCCAGACUAUUGUGGAUCUUCCAGGCGUUGGCAACAACCUUCAGGACCAUGCCUUGGUCCACCUGAACUAUGCUUAUCAAAACGCCAGCAUCGCCUCCCCAGCAACUCUAUUCACAAAUGCGACCUACUACGCCGAGGCCCAGUCCGAAUACAUUGCCUCCAAGACUGGCCCAUUUACAGCCAAGCCCAGCACUGCGAUUGGCUUUCCAUCGCUAAGUCAGAUCACCAACGCAACUUAUUCCGCGAACGCUAAUGCGCUUGCGUCGCUGGACAACGCCUCGUCUUAUUUGCUGCCUGGUAUCGGAGAUCCUGUCAAAGCUGGGGUCGCAGCGCAACUGCCAUUUCUUCUACGUGCACUGAACAAGUCGUCCGUGCCAUCGCACGAAAUCCUCAACGACAAUUCCGGCGGCCUCGAUCUCUCGCUGAUGCGUCCCUUAUCGCGUGGUACCGUUCACGUGAGCUCGCCAGACCCCUGGUCCCACCCCACCAUUAACCCCAACUGGCUUGCACACCCUCUCGACUUCGCCAUCAUGCGCGAGGCGAUGGUCUUCAACCACCGCUUGCUGCAAACCCCGCAGCUGGCGGUGUUGCAGCCAUCCUUCGCGCAGGUGCCAGUGAACGCCUCGUAUUCACUGCUUGAGGCCAUCCUGAGAGCAGGCGUCGGUACGGAGUAUCACUAUUCCAGUACUGCUGCCAUGCUCCCGCGCGAGCUGGGCGGGGUUGUGGACCCCAAUCUGACGGUCUAUGGGACCGAGAACCUCCGCGUCGUCGACAGCAGUGUGUUCCCCAUCAUCCCGGGGGCACAUCUGCAGGCAGUGGUCUACGGUGUUGCGGAGAAGGCGGCCGACGUGAUUCGUGGGAACUGGCAGGAGAGAGUGGGACGGCUGGAGCAAGCGCUGGACUGGCAGGUGCCCACUGGGGAGUUCUGGCUGUGGUUGGGAGAGGAGUUGGGCUGGCCGGUGAACGUCGGCGGCAAAUGA